GACGUGUGUUAUCGUAAGAAUGUUGUCCUGUUUUCCCUAAAUCCUAAUUUUCUUCAGAUAUCUGUUAUCUUAUAUCAUUGUUAGGGUGUGAUUCUGAAUGCAUUCUGCUGUCAUGGUUUAAGAAUAGAGUGGUUUAUCUGUACUUAACCGCAAAGUUCACACCAAUUUAUGCCAUUGUUACUUUGUUCUGUUUGUUUUGGUGUAUAUUUUUCCGAGUCAUGUCAGGAUACCUUUGCUCUCCUCAGUCCCUGCCUGAGAUGUGUGUAUAUAUGACUGUCUGUUUCCUCACAUAGCCUCCAACGGAUAUUCGCCACUUUCUGCCCUAUUCAAUCAUUUCAUACUGAUCUUGGUCGAAGAUCCGAGGCCUUGCCUGGAGAAAACACUCUCACACAAAGGCUACAAGAAUAUUCGAAUAAAUGUUUGGUUCCUUAUCCGGUAACAACAUCGCCAGCUGCCAUUGGACUGCUUUGUCACGUGGUUAAAGUAACUUUACAGGGUCGCUUGCUAGUAGGAGGGCUUUAUGGACCAGAAAAACGACAAAGGUAGAAAAAUUAUUUUUCACUCCAGAAAUUAAUGAUCAUGAGCUCGUAUUUGAUGGACUCUAGCUACAUCGAUCCGAAAUUUCCUCCUUGCGAGGAAUAUUCACAAAAUAGCUACAUCCCAGAACACAGCCCUGAAUACUACAGCCGCACGAGAGACACCGGCUACCAGCAUCACCACCAGGAGUUGUAUCCUCCGCGAGUGACCUACCAGGAGCGCCCGUAUAACUGUGUAAGCAUCCCCGAGCCCGAGCCCCAGACCGGCCAUGGGCUCACACACUCGGGGAAUCUGCUUGCGGGUAAGGCACAUACAUCUCCAUGUGAACCCUUGCCACUGUUACCCACAUCCCCUACCACCCCACCGAUUGCGCCGGCUGCCUGCAUCCAAGCCGCCCCGGAGCAACCCACCAGCUCUGCCUUGGCUAAGCAGCCUGUAGUGUACCCAUGGAUGAAGAAAAUCCACGUCAGUAUCGCGAAUCCCAAUUACAAUGGAGCAGACGCAAAGCGGUCCAGGACUGCUUACACUCGCCAGCAGGUCUUAGAAUUGGAGAAGGAGUUCCACUAUAACCGCUACCUAACUCGGCGAAGACGCAUCGAGAUCGCCCACACCCUGGUUCUCUCCGAGCGCCAGAUUAAAAUUUGGUUUCAGAACCGAAGAAUGAAGUGGAAAAAAGACCAUAGGCUACCCAACACGAAAGUGAGAUCUUCCUCCUCAUCCAACACUAGUGCGACCUCCGGGUCCAACACAGCGUCCACAACAGCCAGCACUCUCCCGCGUGCUGUGGGCUCCAACACCAUGCCAGCUUCCCAGGAACUCUCUCGAGUGUCCGUAGUCGAACGAGACCAGGAUAUUACAAGGUUAUAGACACAAAAUAGUAUCUGACAAAGAGGAUGAAAAAACAACGGAUUAUUUAUUUAACAAAAAAAAAAUAUUUUCUUUUUUAUAUAUAUAUAUAUAUAUAAUUGUUCCUAUAGUGUUCUUGUGCGUAAACGGGUUUUUCUUCUCAGUCCACAGUUAUUCAAGUAUGCAUGUUAUAUAGCAUGGAUUACUGCAGAUACUGUGCCAACGGAUUAUUACGGUUAUCAGGGUUUAUUUAUUUAUUAUAUUUUUUUGUGUUAUUUUUUAGUAAGUUGUUCUGACGGAUAGUAAUAGACAUUAUCAAAGUAUUUGCCUGUGGCAGAAUACGUAGCGGUCAGUAGACUUAUACAAACACAAUCGUUUUAUUUAUUCUCUGAAAAAUAAUGUUAGGGUAAUCUAUUUAUUUAGACUAUUAAUCUCAGAGGUGACAGUUAACAAUAGCCAGUUUUUAUUUUUCACUACAUGUGAAUCAGUGAAAUGUUGUGAUUUAUUUUUCAGCACAACCUCUUAUCAAGCAAAGUCAGUGAGAGUAGUGUGUUUUGUGAUUACAUUUUGUGAUUUAGGUCUAUUUUAAUUGAUCAU